UGCACGGUGCACCAUGAGCGCCGACUGCACGAGUUACAUGAACGCCGACAAGGUGCUGGUCAGCGCCUUCAGCUGCCCGGGGGAGGACGGCGAGUCCGGCUCCAUCUACUGUUGCGGCUUCCAGGACCUCAAGUAUUGUUGCGAUGACCCGAACAGCUUCUUCCCCUACGAGCACAACUACAUGUGGUGGCUCAGUGUUGGAGCACUUAUUGGCUUGUCAAUUGCAGCAGUGGUCCUGCUGGCUUUUAUCAUCACUGUGUGCGUUCUUUGUUACUUGUUUAUCAGCACGAAGCCACAAAGCAAACUGGAUAGAGGCCUCAGUUUAAGCUUACAGUCAGCAGGUCGAGAGACUAGAGGAAGUUCUUUAUGUUAAAGAAAGGUGUGUGGAACAGGACAUGUACGGACCAGUUCUGCAAGCAAAUAGCAGAAAACUGCAUCUUUCAGAACACACCAGCAAACUGUCUACACAGCCACACAGAAACAAAAGGAGUCUCUUGUCUUUAAGCUGGACUGGAAGAACCCAACUCAAGAACCCAAGGAGCACUUUGAAAGUUGUUCUAUUGCUGCUGUGAAAGCUAUUAAUGCUCAGGGGCCAACCUGGACAAGUAUCCAGGAAUAUGAAAUCAUGAUUGUCACCAUUCAUUUACAUUGCAGACCCUGAUCAAGUGACAACCUUCCCCCUCUGUUUUACAAGUAUGUAUUGUCUUGUAUUUGCAGGAAUGUAACUUUUAAUUAAAUGAGCUACUAUUGCUUU